AUGGCUAAGCCUCGUGAAGUUCCCAGUAUCAGCUCGUCUAUUUCAUCACCUGCAGCUCCAGCACCAGGACCAAUCAUCGUCAACGAAGAAGAAAUGGAAGGCUUUACUGAUCAUGUAGAUGAUAUGUUAAAAGAACACGAAGAAAUUCAACAAGCAUUGCAACAAAAAGACAUUGAACUACAACAAAUUCGACAAACACUUGAACAAAACAAACACAACUUACUUCAUAUUUUUCAAUUGUUCGACAAUGUUGCACCGCGAACGUGUUCUUAUUUUCGAACAAUAAUCUCAUGUAAAAGUGGUUAUGGUUUUCAAAACUCAAAGUUUGAUUAUUUGGUUGUCGACAAAUAUCUUCAAGGAGGAGAAGUUAUGGCGUUUGCACGUGAUGGAACUCGUAUUCGUCAUACAAUUAAGAAAGAAAUAAAUGAUUUAACUCAUAAUCGCGAAGGUCUUAUCAGUAUGAAUAUCAAAACAAUGCGAUUCGGAAUUACUUUAGGACCAAUGCCAAUUUUCGAUAACAAUAAGACACAGGUUAUCUUUGGUGAAAUCGAAACGAGAAUGAAAAUUAUUCAAGUAAUCAAUGCACGAGGUAUUCAUCAUGAUGGUACUGGUGUUCGACGUGCUAUUGAAGCUUAUGUUGUAGAUGAUGAUUUUCAUGCUGAUGCUCCAUUAGAUCUUGUCAGUAUUGGUGAUACUCGACCUAGUGCCGGUGAUGUUGGUGGUCAACCAAUAGACAAUGUCGUUAUUUACACUUGUGGUCAAAGAAAUUAA